AUGUUUGGUGCAAACAAAUCUUCAAAUGCAGUAUGUGGAAUUGAUAAAUUCUACAUAGCAUAUUUCUUAAUCCAUAUACCCAUUACCUUGAUUAUUGAUUCGUGUAUCAUAAUUCCAGAUGAACAGAGAUUUCAAUUCCAAAAACAAUUCUUGGAGUUCCACAUUUCUAACAACAAAGACUUUUUACUUGUUAGCUUACCACUUUGGUUAAAGGUAUUCGGUCUAUUUGAAUUAUUUGUACAAUUACCAUUUUUUGCCAUUGGGGCUUUUAUGCUCGUAAAGCAAAUGAAACAAGUGUAUCCAUGUAUGUUGAUUUAUGGAUUCAACGCAUCAUUUACAACAUUAGUAUGCUUGGUACACAUAUUAUGUGACUACGAGAGGUUCGACUUGACUGCCGUCGAUUCUUAUAAACUAGCUGCAUUAUAUAUUCCAUACUUAGUGAUUCCCCUUGUGAUGUUGGUGGACUAUUCAAUAAGAAUAAACAAGUCUAUAAUGACUCAUAUCCCUCCAACUAAAAAGAAUAUAUAG